AUCGUGUUGUCACAAGUGUUCAAUGAUUUACUCAGUUAAAUUUAAAAAUAAAUUUCAAAGAACUCGUCCCAAAUUACAUACGUAUAUUAGACAUACACGAGCACGUUACCCUUAUGACAUUUUACGAUGUUCAAGAAUCUAAACGUGCCGAGGUUAUUCUUUAAUAAUGAAAUAAACACGGGAUACUAUCAAUAACGGGUAAAUCCAGAAUAACUGUGUACAACAGACUAAAAAAAUCAAUAUAUCAAAUCUAUGUAUGGUUUUUAUUGUUUAUUAAUAAUUUUGCUAUCGCCUAUUACUGACAAUAAACACGUGCAAAGCGGUAUUAUUAUAUUUUUGUAGUCGGUUUGGAAACUGCCGUCUUAGUAUUUUUAAACAAUUCGUUAUGAAUCCAAACGCUGACAUUGCACUUGAUCCAAACUUAUCUCAACAGACGAUGGUAACAGGAACUGACGAUGUGACAGAAUCAACGCAUUGUGGUUUACAGGUUGGAAGUCAGGAAUUUUGUACUCCACAAAACACACUGGAAAACUUGACCAAGAAAUCUACAGAACAAAUGAAUAUUAACAUCAAUGAUAACGUAGAAAAUAAAAAGACAGUUAAAAAUUUGAUGAAACGUCCCAUUAUUGCAACUGAUACGGAGCCAAAUGAAUCUGUGCCUUCUAAAAAAUCAUUACACACACAAGAUCUGUUAAUUCGUAACGCGGCUGAUAUGAGAGUUAUAAAUAAUAAUGAGAGCGAUGAUUCAAACUUGGCCAAAUUUCAACCUGUCUCAAAUUGCGAAGAAAACACUUUUGAAAUGAUACAAGUUUAUAGUGUUGAGAAAACCACUGUAGAAAUAAAAAAUGAAUAUUUUGAUGAUAACUGUAUAAAUAAUGAUCUUGCUAUUGAAGUGAUCAGUGAUGAACUACAGGAGUCAAAAUUUAUUUCACAUACAAUAGUUGACAUUCCGAUUGAUAAAUGUUUGGAUACUAAAGAUACAGUAUAUGAAAUUAAUUCUUUUAAUGCAAAUAUUAAUAGUGAAUUCUCGGAUAUCAACAUCACGUUACCUUUUGAUAAUAUUUCGGAUGGUGACAUGAAUAUAAUCAAUCAAACAAAAACAUUCUGUAUUGAAUGUGGGAUUUUUGUGGACUUAAAAAAAUAUGAAGAACACGUGGAAACAACCGAGCACAAAAUUGCUGUAGUUGACUUUUUUAAAGAAAGAAUUGACUUCAAUAAUUAUUGUGUGUUUUCGCCUCCAUUUUGUUCAACCAUAGUGGAUUUUUUUAGUUUUAUUAAAGAAGAUUUUACUGUAUUAGUAAACUAUGUGAUAAAAAAACACUCUUAUGUCGAAGCUGAUGUAAAUAUGUAUGCAUUGUAUCAUGACGAAUGUUCUAGUUUAAACAAUAAUAAAUAUUUAGCUGAAGUUAAGUGGUUUGGAGUCAAAAAUAAGGUAUUAACAAAAGGAAUUGAUGUAGAAUGGUUUUAUCGGAAAAUAGCUAAUUCUUUAAUGUUUCAAUGUGAAACAUUUCAAAUAUCAGGUUGGUCUUUAGAAGAAAUAAUUUGGUUAGAAAUUGUAGUAACCAAAUCUUUAAUCGAAAACAAACCAUCUACAAUUAUCAAUUGUCCUGUUAGCUACAAUAAAAAUUUCAGUCAAUCAAUUCCAGUUCCUAAAAUGCGUUUGGUGCGAUGUCGUCCUUGUGGAGUUUAUAUUAUUCGGGAUAAUUACAGCGAGCACAUAAACACAGUCGUGCAUAAAAAUUCGGCUUCUAAGUACAUCAGUGAUUGGGUAGUGAUUAUAGAUGGCCCUUCUGGAAAUCGCAUAAAAGGCUAUAGAAUAUUAUCAAGAACUCAGUGUGUAUCACUGUCCGAGUUUUUUAGUUCAGUUGAAUCAGAUGUACUAGGUAUUGUUGAUCAAACCUUGUUGGAGUAUUCAACUGUCAAUAUGAGCGUACAAUUAUUUAGUCAUUACAAUGACAGCAAUAUUAUAUCUAAACAAAGUGAAGAAGGAAAUAUACUACAGUCCAAUGGUUUCAUGGGUAAAGUCAAGUCUUUUAUGAUGCAAAACGAGAUACUUACUCGAACAUCAAGUUUGCUGAACUGGUAUCAAAGUAUGUCCGAAAAUCUUAAAUCACAUAAUGAAGAAAUGUUAUCCAGUGAAACCACGUGGACCUUAGACAGGAUUAUGUUUUUUGAAAUUUAUUUUUAUAAAAAUAGUAUAGAUUCAUAAAGUACUAUUUAAUUUUUAUAUAUUAAUUUUAUGAUAUUUCAAUAGUUUUUAAACUAAGUGAUAUUUUCAAUAUUUAUUUAUUUAUAUAUUUUUUUAAUAUAAAUUGAAAUCAAACAAAAUAUAUUAUAUAAUGUCUAACUAAUAGAAAAUAAUUAUGUUGUCUUAUUAUUAAUUCGAAUAGUCUUAUGAUUUUAACGAAAAAAUUGUUUAAAAUAGAGUAUACAUUUUAGUUUAAAAUAAGCUA